UGUCACAUGUCUUCAUUGCUCUCUCCCAGGUCGCCCCUCAUCUGCGGUGUGCAGAUGAAUUACGAGCAGCCCCCCCCCUACACCGGGCCGGGCCCCACUGCUCCAGGAUACCCCCCUCCCACAGCUCCCGGGUACCCUCCUCAAGGAUUUCCUCCUCAGGGAUACGCUCCUCAGGGAUACCCUGCACAGCCGUACCAAGGAUAUCCUGUCAAUACUGACCAGCCCAACCCUGGUUACCCAAGCUACCCUCCUGGACCCCCUGGGUCAUACCCGGUCCAGCCGGGAUACCAGGCGUACCCACAACAACAGUAUGGUGGCCCAGUGUACGGGGAACCUCCUAAGAACACUGUGUAUGUUGUGGAGCAGGGCAGGCGGGAUGAUUCUGGGGAGCAGGCAUGUCUAACUGCAUGUUGGACAGCUCUGUGUUGCUGCUGUCUCUGGGACAUGUUGACUUAGAAUUAUAAGGAAACCACCAUGAGCCCCUCUUUUAUUUGUCAAGUUCUUUCACUCUAACAUGUUUCAGUCCUUAUUUAUGGGUGACUACUGAAAAAGUAAUUGAGAAACUAAUAGAGUGAUGUUUUGGUUGUAGAGUCCAUUUCCAGUAGUCCAGCUUGGAGCACCACUUUUUAUUCCUUCAAUGAAGCACGAUACGCACUGAGAGGCUGAUUACACACGUCGAUCUUAUUAAACUGAAUGUUUUUAUUCUUUCUCUUUUGAAAAUAAUACAGAUGUCAUCUUCAUUAAUGAAUGCAAACAUUUACAUUUUGCUUGUUUAUAGACCAGAUUUGAUAAUCAGUUAUGGCCUUGAAUGUUUGAGCUGUCUUAAUGAGUCAGAAAACGUUUGUUUCUAUUAAAUAAAAUGAUGUAAUUGAG